AUGCGCAACGUAUCUAACCAUCCUUUCCUUUCCCGCACGCUGAAGGGACGAAUUGGAAAAGGCGCUAACGAACGGAUGUCCACACGAAACGGUAGCUGCACACGUUCCACACUCCGUACAGAGAUCUUACAGGACUUCGAAGCGCUCUCCUCUAAACCAAAAUUCCAACGGAUCGAAAUACAAAUACCUAUCCCAUUCCCCCUCUUCUUCCCAAAUCACAAUCUACCCACCACCUCUCCACCUCUCCACACCGGAUAUCACACCAUGCACCUCACCACCCUAACCCUCGCCCUCGUCCUCUCCACCGCCACCACAAUCUACAGCCUCCCCGUCCCCGUUCCUGAUCCCGCUACUCUUGCAGUUAUCUCAGAGGGCGCUAUGAAAAGAGGGAUCGAGUAUUUCGAAUUGUCACCCUCAGGCUAA